GCUCUCUUUGUAGCGUGAGCGGGCGUUGUUGCUCGCUACCGCGUCUGCCAUUUUGGUGAGAGCUACUCUGCGUUGCACUUGGCAUUAAACAGGCUCUUCGGGAUACACGGCGGUGCUCCGAAAGCAAGGCAACGCCAACCGGACAAGAUGCUGUCUGCAGCCCAGUUGCUCGACGAGUUAAUGGGCCGGGACAGAAACUUGGCCCCCGACGAGAAGCGCGCCAACGUACGAUGGGACGACGAGAGCGUCUGUCGAUACUAUCUGUGUGGCUUCUGCCCAGCUGAGUUAUUCACAAACACGCGCUCUGACUUGGGUCCUUGUGAGAAAAUCCAUGAUGAAAAUCUCAGAAAACUGUAUGAGAAAAGCUCACGGUUCAUGAAAGAAGGCUACGAGCGAGACUUCCUGCGGUAUCUACAGUCUCUCCUGGCAGAAGUAGAGCGGCGGAUUCGUAGAGGGCAUGCUCGGCUUGCGCUUUCCCAGGCUCAGCAGAACGCUGGGGGUCCGGGUCCAUCUGGGAAGAAUGAAGAGAAAGUUAAGGUUCUAACAGAGAAGAUAGAAGACCUGGUCAUGCAGAUUGAGGAGCUGGGAUCAGAGGGACGCGUGGAGGAGGCUCAGGGAAUGAUGAAGCUGGUGGAGCAGCUGAAGGAGGAGCGGGAGAUGCUCAGCUCCACCCCCUCGACCAUUGAGAGCUUUGCAGCUCAGGAGAAACAGAUGGAGGUGUGUGAGGUGUGUGGGGCCUUCCUCAUUGUGGGCGAUGCACAAUCCCGAGUGGAUGACCACUUAAUGGGCAAGCAGCAUAUGGGCUACGCCAAGAUCAAAUCCACUGUAGAGGAGCUCAAGGAAAAGCUCCGUCGUCGCUCCGAGGACCCUCAAGGCGAAAGCCCUGCUCUCAAACGGGACAAAGAAGAGCGAGAGCGGGAGGAGAGGGAGAAGAAACGCAAAGAGGAGGAAGAGAAGGAGAAGGAACGGGAGAAGGAGAAGGAGCGCGAGAAGGAGAGAGAGCGAGAGCGCGAGAGGGAGCGAGACAGAGAACGGGAACGAGAGCGGGACCGCGAGAGAAGGGCGAGGCGAAGCCACUCCAACAGCCGCCACUCCAGCCGCACGUCGGAGAAGAAGCGGAGCAGAUCCCGGGACCGCCGGAGGUCCAGGAGCCGAGACCGGGACAGGGAACGCAAGCGGAGCAGGAGUCGCGACAGAGAGAGGAGGCGCAGCCGGGACCGCUCGGACAGAAAACGUCGCUCCCGCAGCCGCGACAGGAGGAGGUCGCGCAGCUCAGAGCGCAAGUCUCACCGGCACCACAGCCGAAGCCGCAGCAAGGACAGAGACAGAGAAAGGGACCGGGAUAGGGACAAGGACAGAGAAAGAAACAGAGACAAAGGAAGGGACAAAGACAAAGAGCGGUCACCAAAAGAAAAAGACCGUAAGACGACAGAGGAGAAGAGCAGCUCUAAGAAAGAAAGCAACGCGGCCACCAUUAAGGUUUCGUCGGAGCCCGAACCAAUGCAGACCGAGGCUGCCGCCUCCUCCCCUCUGCUUAACGGCCAGCAAGAGCUCCUCCAAUCUGAAGGUGACACUCAGUCCAAUUAAAACUGAUCUGAUAGGACCUCAGAUCAGGCUCAGGUAAGUGCGUCCUCCUCUUCACUCCCCCUGGCUCUCGACCCACCCUCUCACACUCUCUCCCCUUUCCUUCAACCCUCCCGCCUCCCUUCCCGCCCCUCCGCCUCCCCCCCGCCCCGUUUCCGUUCAGUUCAAUGCCGAUGAUUAUUAUUAUUUUUUUGUCAUGUGUACUAUAUGCAAAUAUCUUGAUCCUGUUUUUGAUUAGUGCAUCGUAAGUAUGCACUGAAGAUGAAGGACUAGGCCCGAUGAAUGAGAAGAAAGUAGAAAACAUUCACGCAAAGCCAAGAGGGAAAGACCAGUGUAGCCCUGAGCAAACAUGCCCAGAGGUACCCCUCAUUUUGUAUCGGUUUUUGAUCCUUAUAGAUGUUUUAAUUUCACUCUGUGGAAGAAAUGACAGAAAAAGCAAGUUAUCCAGUCGCAUUUCUCUAGCUGUAUAUACAUGUUUUUCCUUUUUUAUUAUUUUUUUUUAUAUAUAUAUAUUACAUUAUUUUCUUACUUUGAAACAGGAAAACGUAGUAAUUGCUGUUUUUCCAUCCAGGGAGGAAGUUAAGUCACUGUGUUGCUACAUGUUAAGCUCUAUCUUGGGGAUUUGCCCAACGCAUGUGUAAACACAGACCAUUUUCAUACUGAAGAUCAAAUGCCAUGGAUUUCUUCUCCAGCUUACUGUGCCUGAUAAUGCCAUGCACUGUGUUUUUCUUUGGAGGGGAGGGCGGGCGGGGGUUUUGUAGCACCCGGGGGGGUCUUAAGGACACUAACUGGAGGUGUAGGGUUUAUCGGAUGAAUUGCAGCUGACUUCUAUACCUCACACAGCGUUGGUGUUGUGAGCGAGACCACAUGAGCAAAAGGGCAAAUUAAAAAUCUUGGAUACUCUCUGACUGUCAAACUGUGCAGGUACUCACCCCAGGUACUCCUUUCUCUACCCACAUCCAUUUCUGAAUGCUGUUGCCUGUCUGAAAAACAAAACAAAAAAAAAAGUUUUCUAGAACAUGAAUCCAUUGUGUGCAUAUUUUUAAUUGUCUGCUUUGCUUCUGUAUUUGGUAACAUGUCGGGGGAAGGAGAGUUGUUUAGUUAUUCCUUUUGCCAUUGGCUGAAAUUGUCACUGACGUGUCCACAGUAUUAUCGCCACGGCACAAAUUCCGCUACAUGUCGAGCACAAUUCCACUUUGGCGAAAGGAUUGUUAUUAUUUAGGGUUUGUCACUAGUUUUAAAAAAAUUAUUGCAGUUUGUAGAUAUAACGCCAAUAAAACAUAUUGAAGUUAGAUGAGGAAAAUCUAACAUUAAAUUGUUAGAUGCAUUCAAAACCUGAUAUGUUUACGCUAGCAAUGUAAACGCUCCUUAUUUAUGACCGUACGUUUUCCCCCCUACAAACAAAUAGCAGAUAAACUGUUGCCUUAUAGCUGGCUUAUCUUGACUACACGGCCAUGUUGUGGGACCCUUGCUAACGUUGGAUAUUGUGGCCGUUUUGCUCCGCAGGGGAAGCUGGAAUAUCUUGUGGAGGAAGAAGCAGAAGAGCACGCCCACCUUUACCCUGAACCUGACUCCGCUGCUUAAAAACAAGGUGAACCACAUAUGUGUAGGGGUUAUUUAAUAAAUAACCAAAAAUGUAUAUAUCUAAAUGAGGAGAGAGGGUAAAUACAUUGUUUUUUUUUGUUUUGUUUUGUUUUGUUUUUGCUGUUCUUUAAUUGGCUGGAUAAAGGCAGUUGUGGUUCAUCUGAUAUUUCUGUUUUACUGAUAUAGAUGGCAGCCAGAUAUCACUUGGAAGACUUAGGAAAAAGUUCUCAAUGAGCUUUUUUUUUUUAUUGAAAAUCUUUACACAUGCUAUCCUCCUCGGCAUUUAGUGAAAAUAAAAUAAAUACAGUGCUCGUCGUGGUUUGUAUUCAUUUGUCGGGUUCUUCUUCUCCUGACCUCCUUUAAAAAAAACAAAAAAACAACUUCAAUUAAAAGCGUAUGUACAAUGUAAGAUACUUAGCAGGGAGUGUUUUCUUUUCUCCUCCACUUAGAGCUCACACUUCCUGCUGUUGUCGCAGAAAUGUAAAAUAUUCUGAUUGAAAUUUGAUCUGAAGCUUUUCAUCAUUCGAGAUUUGUUUAAUUUUCGCCUUGCUUUUAUUGUACAUGUUGUCAUGUUGAAUUAAAAAGUAAAUUCUC